AUGCGGUGCUCGAGGAGGGAUCGGUGUUUGAGGGCGGAGGAGGCUUUCCGUUUCGCCACCGACAUUGAUCGCUGUGUGAAGGUCAUCGCUCACCCCGACAGCAUCGCUGUGUCAGCACAUAGUGUCCCUCUUCUGCUGGAGGUGAAUAAUGUUCCAGACCUUUCUCCUGGGAUCACCUGUUCCUUCGGAGAGCAGGCUGGAGUGGAGGGUCAUGUCAACGGGAACAGGGUUAUGUGUCUAUCCCCGGCUGGGAAGGAGGUCCCUCGGAUACCAGAAGGACAAGACUGGGCCGGCGUAGAGCUCCGUCUAAACUCAAAGGAGACGGGUCGAAUGGUCGCCAGCACGGAGUUGAAGUUCUACAACUGCAGCACCCAUCAAACGUGUCUGUCCUGUGUGAACAGCACUUUUCGCUGUCACUGGUGUAAAUAUCGCAACCUCUGCACCCACGAUCCCAGCAGCUGUUCCUUCCAGGAGGGCAGAGUCAACGCCUCAGAGGACUGCCCUCAGCUCCUUCACUCCGGGGAGAUUCUCCUUCCGGCCGGUGAGGUCCGACCCAUCACCUUGAAGGCCCGGAACCUUCCCCAGCCGCAGUCGGGCCAGCGGGGCUACGAGUGCGUGGUGCAUGUGCAGGGUGUCAGGCACCGUGUCACGGCGCUGCGCUUCAACAGCACCAGCGUGCAGUGCCAGAACAGCUCGUACAUGUACGAGGGUGUGAAGAUCAGUGACCUGGCAGUGGACCUCUCCAUCGUAUGGAACGGCAAUUUCAUCAUCGACAAUCCCGAGAAGAUUAAAGUGCACCUCUACAAGUGCAGCGCCCAGCGGGACAGCUGUGGCAUGUGUCUGCGGGCGGAUAGGAAGUUUCAGUGUGGGUGGUGUAGCGGCGAGGGCCGAUGCACCAUGAAGCAGCACUGUCUUCCCAUCUCCCCCUACGCUAGCCGCUGGCUGGACCUCUCUGCCAGGAAUGUCAAGUGUACCAACCCACGCAUUACUGAGGUGAGCCCAGUGGCAGGCCCUGUGGAGGGGGGCACCCUGGUCACCAUCCAGGGCCUGAACCUGGGUUUAUCCUUCUCUGAGCUGGAGGGGAACGUGGAGGUGGCGGGGAUGCAGUGCACCCCACAGGAGGAGGGAUACAUUACUGCAGAACAGAUUGUGUGUGAGAUGGCAGCAGCUCCUAAAGGAAGUGCUCCAGGUCCAGUUAAGCUGUGCAUUGGCGAAUGCAGACCAGAACUACGCACACAGUCCUCCCAGCUCUACUCCUUUGUGACCCCUUCAAUGCUGGCUCUGACCCCAGGCAGAGGACCUGAAUCUGGGGGCACCAAGGUCACCAUUGUGGGGGAGAAUCUGGGUGCUGGAAGCACUGUAACCGUGUACUUUGGGAAUCAGACCUGCGAGCUGUACAGGAGGAGCAUGUCGGAGAUCGUGUGCUUCUCUUCACCGUCCGUGACGAAAGCCGGACCGGUGCGAGUCAGUUUGAGUGUGGACCGGGCCAACGUUCCUGGGAGUCUGGCCUUUGAGUACAUAGAGGACCCCACAGUACAGCGCAUUGAACCCCUGUGGAGCAUCACCAGUGGACACACAACCCUGACAGUGACUGGAACAAACCUGGAUGUGGUUCAGGAGCCGCGAGUCAGAGUCAAAUAUGCCGGCCAUGAAUCUGUCAAUGUGUGCAAAGUGCUGAACACAACCACCAUCAGCUGCUUCGCCCCCUCUCUGAAAGCAGAGUACACUGCAGACCAGGAGACGAUCAAACACGUGGAUGAGUUCGGCUUCGUCUUCAACAACGUCCAAGCUCUGCUCACCUACAACAACACAAGCUUUGUCUACUACCCCAACCCGUACCUGGAGCCCCUCAGUCUGACCGGGGUCCUGGAGCAGAAACCUGGAGCUCCAAUCAUACUCAAAGGACGUAACCUGGUGCCGUCUGCUUCUGGUGGAGCCCGGCUGAAUUACACGGUGCUGAUUGGAGACACGCCCUGCACCCUCACUGUGACCGACACUCAGUUACUCUGCGAGCCACCCAACCUCACGGGGCAGCACAAAGUCCUGGUCCAAGUAGGAGGACUUCACAUCUCUCCAGGAGAAGUUCACAUCCGGUCCGACAGCCUUCUCACUCUUCCUGCCAUCUUCAGCAUCACAGCUGGAGGAGGGCUGCUCCUCAUCAUCGUCAUUAUCGUCCUGCUGGCCUACAGACGGAAAUCACAUGAGAACGAUCUUACUCUGAAGCGCCUGCAGAUGCAGAUGGACAAUCUGGAGUCCCGCGUGGCUCUGGAGUGCAAGGAAGCUUUUGCAGAGCUGCAGACAGACAUCAACGAGUUAACCAGUGAUCUGGACAGAGCCGGCAUACCUUACCUCGACUAUCGCACUUACGCCAUGAGGGUUCUCUUCCCCGGCAUCGAUGAUCACCCAGUGCUCAGAGAGCUGGAGGUGCCGGGGAGCGGACAGGCGAAUGUGGAGAAAGCCUUGAAGCAGUUUGCUCAGCUGGUGAAUAACAAGGUUUUCCUGCUGACAUUCAUCCGCACACUGGAGCUGCAGCGCUCCUUCUCCAUGCGUGACCGCGGCUACGUUGCCUCGCUCAUCAUGACCGCUCUGCAGGGGCGGCUGGAGUACGCUACUGACAUCCUCAAACACCUGCUCUCCGAUCUCAUAGAACGCAACCUGGAGAGCAAGAACCACCCCAAACUACUCCUCCGCAGAACCGAGUCCGUGGCAGAGAAGAUGCUGACAAAUUGGUUUGCCUUCUUGCUACACAAAUUUCUCAAGGAGUGUGCUGGCGAGCCUCUCUUCAUGCUGUUCUGUGCCAUCAAACAGCAAAUGGAGAAGGGACCAAUAGACUCAAUCACUGGAGAGGCUCGCUAUUCCCUCAGCGAGGACAAGCUCAUCAGACAGCAGAUUGAAUACAAGACGCUGACGCUGAGCUGUGUGAACCCAGACAAUGAGAACAGCCCCGAAAUCCCUGUCAAGGUGCUCAACUGUGACACCAUUACCCAGGUAAAAGAGAAGAUCCUGGAUGCGGUGUACAAGAACAUGCCGUGCUCACAGCGACCACGGGCUGCAGACAUGGAUCUGGAGUGGCGGCAGGGCAGAACAGCGCGUGUGGUCCUGCAGGAUGAGGACAUCACCACCAAGAUAGAGAGUGACUGGAAGAGACUCAACACACUCAUGCACUACCAGGUGUCGGAGCGCUGCGUGGUGGCCUUGGUGCCCAAACAGAUGUCUUCUUUCAAUAUUCCUUGCUCAGCCAGCUUCCCACGCAGCAUCAGUAGAUACGGUGUGGACGUUUCCUUCCGCUCCACGCCCACCAGCCCUGACAGCCCACACUCCCGUGUGCCCAUGCUGACCCCUGACAUGGAGAGCGGGGUCAAGGUUUGGCACUUAGUCAAGAACCACGACCACGGGGACCAGAAAGAGGGCGAACGCGGCAGCAAGAUGGUGUCUGAGAUCUACCUGACGAGGCUACUAGCUACAAAGGGCACCCUGCAGAAGUUUGUGGACGACCUGUUUGAGACCCUGUUCAGCACUGUGUGUCGGGGCACCGCCCUGCCGCUCGCAAUCAAAUAUAUGUUUGACUUCCUGGACGAGCAGGCCGACAAGCACGGCAUCCACGACACGGACGUCCGUCACACCUGGAAGAGCAACUGCUUGCCCCUGCGCUUCUGGGUUAACGUGAUCAAGAAUCCCCAGUUUGUGUUUGACAUCCAUAAGAGCAGCAUCACGGACGCCUGUCUGUCGGUGGUGGCCCAGACCUUCAUGGACUCAUGCUCUACUUCUGAGCACCGUCUGGGCAAAGACUCACCCUCCACCAAACUGCUCUACGCCAAGGACAUACCGCAUUACAAGAGCUGGGUAGAAAGGUACUACGCUGACAUCAACCGCCUGCCUGCCAUCAGUGAUCAGGAUAUGAAUGCCUAUCUGGCUGAACAGGCCCGCCUUCACUCCAGUGAGUUCAACAUGCUCAGUGCCCUCCAUGAGAUCUACACUUACGUCAGCAAGUACAGCCAAGAGAUUAUUGAGGCACUGGAGCAGGAUGAACAGGCCCGGAAGCAGAAGCUGGCAUACAAACUGGAGCAGAUCAUCGCAGCCAUGUCUAUAGAGAGCUGAGACACCUCCAUACAGACAGACACACAAACACUACAACACAUACUUUAACAGAUGAGUAUUAAACCCAUCAGCAACACAUGUGGUACUCUCAUGCACACGUGAACACACACAUACAAUCACACCUAAGCACCUAUACACACACACACUCAAAUCCUGAUGUACACUGUCAUUGCAGACUCAAUGGACCUACUUUAUAAACAAACGAAAGAGAUUAAUACACGCAUACAAAUGUACAUACACACUCCGCAGCACACAGAUCGUCCCAAAGCACGACUUUUGAAUCCCAUGUCAUCGUUUUUUCAGAAGAAACUCCAGCAGGCAAACACCCAACUUCUAAAACGCUCCUAUAGGAGAGACACAAAGACGAUUUGGGCCAUCACGGUUGCUGAAUUCGCAGCCAAUUCUUUUCUGCUGGGUAAUGGUUGUCUUUGUAGUCGGUGCUUAUACUAAAUGUGUGUGUGUGGCAUGGCUGGAGCUCUGAAGAGAACAGCACUUAAUAAAAGAAUGACUCAACUUGAAAAGUCACUGGAGGAGCGCAACAAAGACAGGAGCCAAUUUAAUGGGAUGGCACGUUUCAAAAUACUUUUUAUAUGUCAAAGAUGAAGGACUCGUGUUCGCAGUACAUAUCACGGACUUGGACUGACAUCGCUGUUUGGAGCAGAGAUGUGUGUAACUUUGUGUUGCUAAGCCUUUCCCUAUUGCCUUUUAAAGGCUUACUAAAGAGAAAACUAAAGACUUUGAUGCCAUUACUUUUCAUUUCCACACUUGAAGCUCCCUGUCCUUGUUUUAAAUGAAGAUUUAGUGAAUCGCAACUCCGCCAGGGAUUGAACAGUACACAAUUUGGCAUUGAAAAAGGUGAGGGUCCGGCUCUACAGCACUGCAAACCUUCAAAUAUGAAAUAUAUGUAGAUAUAUUUCCGGACCAAAUCCCGGGGUUUUUGUGCCAAAUAUAAUAUGUCUCAUGUUUCAUUCAUGUUAAAUGCUCCUGUAGAAUUUAUUAAUAAUACAUGUCAUUGUACGGAAAAGAUCCCAUUUAAGAUAGGACAUUUUGUACAGUGAUGAUCUAUAGACCACCAAUUCGGCCGUUCAAAGAUAAGUGGAGACCAAAUUGAACUGUAGCAGAAAGCAUGAUUAAUGAUGCUUUAAGUCUGAUCAAGAAACAGAUUAGCCAAGCCCUGGCCAACAGCGCCCCCCUCCCCCUCCCCUGUCUCAUCAGUCAUUGUUUACAUUAAGCGCGAUACUUGAAAUUCACAAAGUGUACGAGAUAUUAAGAACACCUGCUGCUCCUGUGAAGUAAUCCGAUCAGAUUAAGUUUGAUGAAGGCUUUGAUGCCUUAUUGAUCCUCCCAAAAAAAUGUAUUUUGAACAUAACCUGGAAAUCAAAUGUAAGAAACUAGCUGGGAGGAGUUUUCUCCCUGGAGAUAUUUAAGCUGUGGGUGCCCCAAAAGAGAGUGUAGCGGUAUAAAGUAGGUGAUUUUAAUAUUUUGUCCACAGAGUGGAUAUGAUUAUUGAUACAUGUAUUUGGAUCAGCAUAUGGUCCUGUUGCUUCACAGCUCUUAACAUCCUUCCAUCUUCCAGCAUAAAGUUCACGUGUUUUUAUUUUGCGUCCAUAUGUACAUUUGACCUAAUUGCUUGCUGUGUCCUUGCUGCUGUAUUUAUAGAGUGCCAUAUCUUAAACUCCAAACGAUUAUCAUGAUGAAAAAUCCAGUCUGAGGCAUCGCGGUCAUUCAGGUUUUUAGUUUUGAUUGUUUGUAUUUCACCCAUUGCAAUGCUGAAAUAUGAACUUAUUUCUGUGCUUUAGGCUGUUUCAUCGCUCAAUGUAAAAGUCACAUGGACUGUCUAUCAGUGUCUUUCCGGAGCGCUGCUCCUUUUACCAUUUCAGUAUCAGUGGGGUUAAUGUGCUCCCCACAGGACCUUUAUUCAUGCUAUUCUAGAAGAGCAAGAUAAAAUUAUAUAAAUAAUAAAUACAUUUCCUGUUAAGUGUUGAAAUAUGGCAGAACUCAUCUGUUUCAUGUGUGGUUUGAUGAUGAUAAUUUAUAAAUGUGUUGUGCAAUACACUGUCAGACAUUUAAACUGUAAUGUUUUUUAAACUAUAUAUUGUUGUAAAAAUAUUGUACAUAAAAAAACACUCCUAUUUUGCAAGCAAAAGAUUCACUUUGUACUGUUGUUAUACAUUAAAUGCGCAGCUGAUGAAAAGG